ACGAAAUGUAUUUCUCGAUAAUAAUUGCAGGCUUAUUAACACGUCAACACAAACCGUUAACGAUCCAAAAACUGAAACAGCAGCCACCCGUAAAUUUACACAUCAAAACAAGAAAAUAACCAAUCACUAAAAAGCACCAUAAAAAAACAACAAAAACCGUAAAAAUGUUUGCCCUUGCAGGAAUGGUAAAGAGCCUGAGAAACUUCAUUGCAGACUCUGUGACACGGUUAUCGUCUUUUAUUAACAGCAGCGUGGUUGAGGACAAGACGUGUAAUGAGGAUGCGGAUUGGCAUGACUUGGGAGAGAGCGAGGAGAAGGAUACUGUGCUGUUCGAUGAUAGUAUCAGUUUUAGCAGAGAUAUUAUAGAUGAUGGGACAGGACGGGAUGGUGCGGGAGACAGGGCAGAGAGGAUCGGCGGGUGUCUGGAAAAGGAUAAGUCUGCAAUUGGAUGGAUAAGCGAUGUCGGGGAAAGUGUGGUGGACAAAAAAAUAGGUAACAGUGCUGGAGACAAAGAUGCAGACGAAGGAGGGAGCAUUGCGAAGCAGAAGAUGGGAGAAAGCCAUGGAAAUGAAACAUUGGGCGAUGUUCAGAUGAGUAUAACCGGAAGGACCGAGCUGGGGGUUGCUGAACAACGGAAUGGGCGUCAAAUGGAAGGAGUUCGUAGAAUUGUCGACAGCAGAGAAAGGAGUAACAGUAUGGAAUGGAAUAUACGUCGGGCAGAGAACACAAAUUACGAUGUAGGCAGGGGGAACGGUAGCACGUUAAUGCGUGACAAGGGAUGGCAGGGUGUUAAUACGGCAGGUAGCAGCAGGUUACUGCGAAACCAAAGUAUUUCACAUUCAAUGAUGGGUGAAGGAGAAAUGAUAAAAAGCAGAAAUACUGUGAUUUACAGGUCCACAGGCACUCACAACUAUCCAGUCGUAUCGCACCAUGCGGAUGGCGCAAUACAGGAUCGGAGAGCGUAUGUUGACAGCAGUGCGGUUCAGAACGAUGAAAUAACGCUCAGUUACCGUGAGUAUGAGAUGAUAGAACGGCGGAUAUCGUUUCUAGAGGAUGAACUGAAAAGAGAAACAUCGAGAAAUGCACACGCAAAUACAAAUCAUCUUUUGUCUGCGCUCCAAGAGAAGGAUACAAAGUUGUCGAUGCUUAUGGAUCAGAUCAACAAGCUGACUGCAAAUGAGCACAAGUACAAAUUGCAGAUUGGUACGUUGGAGAAGGACUUGACACGUGCAGAUGACCGUGCAAAUGCGUUUAAAGUGAUGGCCGAUGAAAAAGUGCACAGUAAAAUGAUGGAGAACGAGAGUUUGAGGGAUCAGCUAGAAUUUGAGAGGAGCAAGAACGCUAGAAUGAGGGGUGUGCUGAGGGAGAAGGAGGGUGAUGUAAAGAAGUAUGCGAUGAUGAAUGUUGAAAUGGUAGAGUAUUUCAAGUUUAUGGUGGAUGAGAAUGUCAUUUGAACGUAUUUGGUGGUUGAUCAGGACAAGAACUGUGGAUGAGAAUGUCAUUUGAACGUAUUUGGUGGUUGAUCAGGACAAGAACUGUGGAUGAGAAUGUCAGGAAGAGUGCGCAGGUUUUAUUAUCUUGGCAGGACGUAUACAAAAUGGGGAGCAUAAGGGCACGGUACAGCUAAAAAAUGAAACGGAUGGAAGAUAAAGUAAAUCGGCGGAUGAUCAUAAAUGAGCAAUUAGUGCGAUGUCUAUGAUCAGUGCUGAGAGUAUCGUCUUGGACAAGAGCAUGGAACGGUGCGUGAAAAGAUGUGGAGUGUUCGUGAAAGAUGGUGAUGUAAAAAUAAAAAUGGUAUAUCAUGUACGA